CAGGAGGAGGGUGAGGUGGCAAGAGCGGCUGACAGAAACGGGCUCCGGGUAUAAGACAAACUGACUGUUAAGCUGUGUUAUUUGUGGCCAGGACACGAGCCAUUUUUUUCAAGAAGGUGUUGCAGUCCUUGACAAGGCCCUGUGCUGUCCAGCGCUGUCAUGUCUGCGAAAGCCAUUUCAGAGCAGACAGGAAAGGAGUUCUUGUACAAGUACAUCUGCACCUCAGUAGAUGUGCAGAACCGUUUUCGUUAUGCUACUGUAACUGCUGAGACUGACUGGGACCGCCUCACACAAGAGCACCCAUGGCUACUGACAGAGCGGCUAGUGGUGAAGCCAGAUCAACUGAUUAAGAGGCGAGGGAAGCUCGGCCUGGUGGGCAUCAACCUGGACCUGCAGGGCGUUAAAGAGUGGAUCAGCGCCCGCCUUAUGAGAGAGACCACUGUGGGAAAAGCAAAAGGUGUGCUGAAGAACUUCCUCAUUGAGCCGUUUGUUCCACACACACAGGAAGAAGAGUUUUAUGUGUGUAUCUACGCCACGCGUGAAGGCGACCAUGUGCUUUUCCAUCAUGAGGGAGGCGUGGAGGUGGGUGACGUGGAUGCUAAGGCCCAGAGGCUGAUGGUUGCGGUGGAUGACAAACUCACCGAAGACCAAGUCACAGAGCAGCUCCUCACAUGUGCUCCAGAUGACAAGAAAGAAGUCUUGGCCAGUUUUAUAGUGGGGCUGUUUAACUUUUACGAGGACCUCUACUUCACCUAUCUCGAGAUCAACCCCUUAGUUGUCACCCAUGAUGGAGUGUAUGUCGUCGAUAUGGCAGCCAAGAUUGAUGCCACAGCCGAUUUCAUCUGCAAGGCCAAAUGGGGUGAUGUGGAGUUUCCUCCACCCUUUGGCAGAGAGGCAUAUCCAGAGGAGGCCUACAUAGCAGAUCUGGACGCAAAGAGCGGUGCUAGUCUGAAGCUGACUCUGCUGAACCCCCGAGGCAGAAUCUGGACCAUGGUUGCUGGAGGAGGUGCUUCUGUGGUCUAUAGCGACACCAUCUGUGACCUGGGUGGGGUGGAUGAGCUGGCCAACUAUGGCGAGUACUCUGGCGCGCCCAGUGAACAGCAGACUUACGACUAUGCAAAAACCAUCCUCUCUCUCAUGACUCGUGAGAAACAUUCUCAAGGAAAGGUUCUGAUCAUCGGAGGAAGUAUUGCAAACUUCACCAAUGUAGCAGCCACAUUUAAGGGUAUUGUCAGGGCCAUUAAAGAUUACCAAGGUCCGCUGAAGGAGCACGAGGUCACUAUAUUUGUACGACGUGGUGGGCCCAACUAUCAAGAAGGCCUGAGGGUGAUGGGGGAAGUAGGGAAGACCACGGGUAUUCCUAUUCAUGUGUUUGGGACCGAGACCCACAUGACAGCCAUUGUUGGCAUGGCGCUGGGUCACCGGCCAAUCCCUAACCAGCCUCCAAUGGAUGCUCACACCGCCAACUUCCUUCUCAAUGCCAGCAACAAUGCAGUGACUCCAGCAACAACAAGAACAGCUUCAUUCUCUGAAUCCAAGACGACUAAUGAUGUCUCUCCAGCCAAAAAGUCUAAAGCAGGUCUUCCAGCAGACGUUCAAGGCUCUUCAGGUUGCAGCGGAGCCAAAGCAACCACACUGUUCAGCAAACGCACCAAGGCCAUUGUCUGGGGCAUGCAGACACGUGCUGUGCAGGGCAUGCUGGAUUUUGACUACAUCUGCUCUCGGGACGAACCUUCUGUGGCGGCCAUGGUGUACCCCUUCACUGGAGAUCACAAGCAGAAGUUUUAUUGGGGUCACAAGGAAAUCCUGCUGCCGGUCUACAAAAACAUGGCCGAUGCCACGAAGAAGCACCCUGAAGUGGAUGUCCUGAUCAGCUUUGCAUCCCUGCGCUCAGCCUUUGAUAGCACAGUGGAGGCCAUGCAGUACUCACAGAUUCACACAAUUGCUAUCAUUGCUGAGGGCAUCCCUGAAGCUCAGACCAGGAAGAUGAUCAAGAUGGCUGAUGAGAAAGGCGUCACUAUUAUUGGCCCUGCCACGGUUGGUGGCAUUAAACCAGGCUGUUUUAAGAUUGGAAACACAGGUGGCAUGCUAGACAACAUCUUGGCCUCCAAACUUUACCGUCCUGGAAGCGUGGCGUAUGUGUCACGCUCUGGAGGCAUGUCCAAUGAGCUUAACAACAUCAUCUCACGCACUACAGAUGGGGUCUAUGAAGGUGUGGCCAUUGGAGGAGACAGAUAUCCAGGUUCCACUUUCAUGGACCAUGUCUUGCGUUACCAGGACACUGCAGGAAUUAAGAUGAUAGUGGUGCUGGGAGAGAUUGGAGGCACAGAGGAGUACAAGAUCUGCCAAGGCAUCAAGGAGGGUAGGAUCACCAAACCUGUAGUGUGCUGGUGUAUUGGAACCUGCGCCACCAUGUUUGCUUCAGAGGUUCAGUUUGGUCAUGCAGGAGCCUGUGCCAACCAGGCCUCAGAGACAGCAGUGGUCAAGAACCAGGCUCUAAGGGAUGCUGGAGCCUUUGUUCCCAAGAGCUUUGAUGAGCUGGGGGAUGUUAUCAGUACUGUUUAUGAUGAACUGGUGGCCAAUGGUACCAUCAUUCCUGCCGAGGAGGUGCCUCCCCCGACAGUACCCAUGGAUUAUUCCUGGGCGAGGGAGUUGGGCCUGAUUCGUAAACCAGCCUCAUUCAUGACGAGCAUCUGUGACGAGCGAGGUCAGGAGCUCAUCUAUGCUGGCAUGCCCAUCACUGAGGUCUUUAAAGAGGAAAUGGGUUUGGGAGGAGUGCUGGGCCUGCUCUGGUUCCAGCGCAGGCUGCCCCGCUACGCCUGCCAGUUCAUUGAGAUGUGCCUGAUGGUAACUGCUGAUCACGGGCCUGCCGUCUCUGGCGCUCACAACACAAUCGUCUGUGCUCGUGCUGGGAAAGACCUCAUCUCAAGUCUCACCUCUGGCCUGCUCACCAUCGGGGACCGUUUUGGAGGUGCUCUGGACGCUGCAGCAAAGCAGUUUAGCAAGGCAUUUGACAGCGGCAUGCUGCCCAUGGAGUUUGUUAACAAGAUGAAGAAAGAUGGCAAACUUAUCAUGGGCAUUGGCCACAGGGUCAAAUCAAUCAACAAUCCAGACAUGCGUGUGCAGAUACUGAAGGAUUUUGUCAAGCAGCAUUUUCCCUCCACCCAGCUUCUAGACUAUGCUCUAGAUGUUGAAAAGAUCACCACCUCCAAGAAGCCUAAUCUGAUCCUUAAUGUUGACGGUUUUAUUGGUGUUUCCUUCGUGGACCUGUUAAGGACAUGUGGGGGCUUCACACGAGAUGAAGCUGACGAGUUUGUGGAAAUUGGUGCACUGAAUGGGAUCUUUGUCCUCGGCCGUAGUAUGGGCUUUAUUGGGCAUUACCUGGACCAGAAGAGGCUGAAACAGGGUCUGUAUCGCCACCCAUGGGAUGACAUCUCCUACGUGCUUCCUGAGCACAUGUCCAUGUAAAGCCAGAGUGCAGAGAGUCGCUUCCAGAUCAGACUGUUUAGCAGCAUCAUGUCACAUAACAUGUAUGUUAUGUGACAUGAACUGUCCAGUUACAACAGCUGCACAGAAAACUGGGUGGGCUAAUUCUGGGAAGUGGGGGCGUGCACUGACAAAGGAUCCUGUUGAAAAGGUUUCAGUCUAGUUUUUAUGGAGGAAAAAGGGGAAGUCUAUUUUUAGAUUUAAUUUUUGACAAAUUAUUUAAAACACUCAGACAUCUAACUUAUUCAGUUUGGGAUAAAAAGCCAAACCAAUGCAAAUUACAUCAACUGCAAAAAGCAAAUAAAGAUGCACAGAAGUCUGUUUUGCAUAGCGGGUACAGGAGCAGGAGUCAAAUAUAAUGUCCACCCUGACUCCUGCAUCAGUCUGGAGAGUUAAUCUGCAUGAUCAGCUGCUACUGUAAAGUCUUUUUCAGCUUAGAAACACAGUAAUGUCUUUUAUACUAACUUACAAAUAUUAACAGAUAUUGGCAUUUGUCUGCUUAUGGCCAUACAAAAAUGUGCUUAAGUGAGCUUUCUCCCUUUUUGAGCACUGGCCCUUAUGUUUACUAUCAAUUUCACUCCCACUGAGAAAGACCCGUCAUCACAAUGUAAACCAAAGGUCCUUUUGGCAACUUUUAUUUUUAGUUAAGAGAACACAGUCUAGCGAUGGAUAUUCUAUGUUAUGAAAGGGAGGUAUAAUAAUAAAGGAAUUAGAUAUGGAAGAUGUUCAGUGUUAACUCACCUUUGUCUUGGAACUGUGUUUAUAGCCCUGGUUGUACACAAAUGGUGUGAAAUAAAUUCAUCAAAUACUGUGAAUUAAAUACUGUUAUAAGGCGUUUCAAGUCUUUUCAAACCAAGUCUGAACUAAACGACAAAACAGGAAGAAGUAGAAGCAUCCAAAGGUGAACAAAAUGCAUCAUGAAUGAGUCCUGUGAAUCUUGAAGGCAUCUUUUGGUGAGGGACCAUGAAAGCACUUUGCUUUACUUCGGAAAAUUAUUGCACACACACAUACCUUUAAAAUAAAAAAAGAAUGUGGGAAGAUCGACCCCGUCUCACGACACUUGGAAACCGCUCACUAAUGCCUGCUGUUUGGUCUUUUGUUUUGCAUUUUUAUUUAACUGUGGAAAAAAAUGCUUGUUUUUGUAAUAUGCUGUCAUAUAGUGGUAUGAUAAUAAAGAACUUAUUUUACUUUUCUUUUUGGGUGAAAUGUUUAAUGUUGAAAUAUGCAUAGGAAUAUUUGAUCAUAUUAUAAACAUGGCUAACUACUUUAGGGGGUAAAAGAAAAUCAGGUUUUCACACUCAUACUGUUGUCUUUUCCAAGGUCGCUCAUCUUUCUCGUGUUUGUGUGUAAACUUUGGUGGGUAAGGUGAGGAUGACCGAAUGUUCUCUCUGAAUUUCUAACCUGUGGA